AUGCGGAGGGGUUCAUCGUCAGAUGUUGCCCUUCCAUUGCUUGUGGCAUCGUCUGGGUGCAGCUCCUGGGCUGAUGUUCUUUCGUGCUAUCGCAAAACGUGUGAGCUGCUGCGCGGCGUGUAUCAGCCGACAACCGAAGAACUGCGGCACGGGCUCGCAAAAAUGGAGACCUCAUGGAGUACCUCGCUCUUCUACUACGAAGUGAUUAAAGGGACGUGUGGGUACAAACAACCGCCUACGCGUCUAGUGAGUACGGCUUUGGAACGUUUUAAGCGUUGCGGUAAUUUCUACGCAAUGAAGAGGAUUAUGCAAGAGGAUGUGGACACUACCACAAAUGAGGGGGCGCGUUCGAUGUUGGUGUACGCCUCCUUUACCGGAAUGUGGGAGCAUGCUAUGGCGCUUUACGAGGGUAAUGAACGGAUGCAACAUAAUCUGGCGGAUACACGAACCUUGGUGAACAUAUUAGCGCCCCAUGGACACUGGGACAAGGCACUCCAGUUACUGUACAGCCGGUCACCCGCUCCGCUGAAUUCCAUGUUCAUUAAACCCAUCAUCCGUUCUCUGGGGUCGGCAGGGGAGUACAACAAGAUGCUCCGACUCGUGGCAGCCUCACUCGCUCAAGGACAUGGGAUGGACGAGAAUCUUUUUUCCGCCUUGGUGAGACCACUGCAAAAGAGAGGCCACUGGCGUGCCGUCUUGGAGACAGCGGAGGAUUUGGGCAUACUUUCCUCAUCUCGGGAGAGUACCGCAAAAAAUAUUGCCAUGUAUGGUGGACUGUGCGAUUGCUUGUACUCCGCAAACCCUUACUCCACCUUUACCUUGCGUGAGAUUGUGGACGACAUUACACAUCGCAUGCACCCGCGAAAGAAUUUUGAGUUUGCGCAGCGAAACGGAAAAACAUUUCGGCUUUUGUCUUCGAGUGAGUUGUUUCGCAUCCAUCGGCGCUAUCUGAACCCGCUUAGCUCCAUCUAUGUUAAACUGUUGUCCUUGAACAAGGUUCACUUUCGUCCAGUCUCUGAGCUUGCAGACGAUGCUCUGAAACACGGUGACACGCUUUUAGUUCUUGACACUAACUUUUUGCUUCAGUGCACAGCGAAAAAUUUACCCCUUAACCAUUUCUAUCUGCCCAUGCUGAAGCAGUAUCCGCAGCUUGAAGGUAAACCACUUGAGCACGUCAUUCUGCCCUUCACCACUGUACGUGAGAUUUACCAGCUCAUUUGGAAUCCAUCAACGCAAUUAAAACGGGCUGUGCGAAGUCUUUUGUGGUCUCGUGUUGUGACGUUUUUGAAGCAGCCGACGGUGACUGUCCUGGCGCUGUCAUCGGAAUUUCCAUGCAUUUCAUUUUCCAUCCUUUCUCAUUUGGCGUAUUUACGCCUUAAUGAGCCGGCAAACGAGAGCGAUCCUGAUCUACGCAUACUGAAUACAUGUCUGUCUCUUCAAUAUACACUUCGACUACGAAAGGCAGGUUCACUUCAGGGUGCCUCUCUUAUUUCUGAAGGGACGAUGCUUUUUUCCUUUUUGAAAUACCACAUCCGUCGCCACCAUCGUGAGGUUCGAGGGAUUACUUCUGAGUCAUUGCUACUGUGUACACUAGACAAGCGCCUAUCUGCUGCGGCGGAUGAAUUGGGAGUUCAAACAUUUCCGCGGUUUCACAUGUCUGAGGACGCAGCCUCUGAGACAAUAAAGAAAAAAAGAGACGUAUAA